CAUGGAGUACCUAAUGGUAGUUAGGCAAAAGUGAAAACACAAGUAGCGGGAAACUUGAAGUUGGCAACAAAAUUGCAACUACUCUUUGCCAUUGUUAAUUGAUAGGCAUCUAUCAAAGUAAGUAAAAUGCCUUAUAUGUCAAAAGGACAUCUUCUUUUUGAGAAAUCUGGCCAAGCUCCAGCUCCUUCAAAGGAUUUUCACCAGCUUCUAGUCACAGAAACUGAAGUUCUGUUUCGUUCCUGGAGGAUUUCUUUGCGUAAAGAUCAGCUGAAAGUUCCUCCUAGUCAAAAGAGAGUUACCCACGAAGAUUUCAGAUACGAUGCAAUAAUGGAGGCAGACAUAACUCGAAUUUUUGGUUGCGAAACUUUACACUACAUACAAGGCGUCAUUUUUGGAGAUUGGUUGAUAAGAAUGCCAGAAAAUGUUUUGUUAAAGAUAGUCCACGGACUGGAACUGACAGAUCUCAUCAAGGUUUCCCAGGUUUGCAAGACUUUGAGAAAGGUUUGCUCCAGUGAUGAGUUAUGGCAGAAUCUUUAUGAGAAAUAUUCAGGAAGGGUUACUGACGAUAUGAAGGCUUUGGCAAGAGAUUUUGGGUGGAGAAAACUGUUUUUCACUAACAAAUUGCAGCUUCAGAAAGAAGUUUCACGACUUCGUAAAAGUGCAGAUUCAAAGAAAAGAGAAAGGCAACAAAUAGAAAUGGAACCUUAAGUGAAAAAGAACAAUUGCAUCUUUCAUUUGUUAAAAAAUAAUCAAAAUUUAAUCAGUUUUCUUAAAUCACCUGAGCGCAAGUUAACCCAAUCUAAAUUAAUCUAAAGUUGGUGUUCCCUACAUAUUGCAGCAUUAGAAUGGUUUUUUCCUUCAAAAUAGCCACUGAAGUGAUGCUUUUCAAAUUCCCAAGCUGUCUGUACUGCUGUCAGGCAGCCAUAACUGAAAACCUUGGAGAGGUGCAUGUAGUUAACUUUUUUAGUAGACUUUUAUUGAUUUUCAGUUGUGCCAAAUAACAUAAUCAAAUGCAAUGUCACAUAUGUUGCUAAGCAUUUUUCCCAGCCUAUCUAUGCCUUUCCCCAGAAUGAAAUGAUAUUUAAAGUAGGAUGCUCCAGUGCUACCAAUCACUGUGACCACUUUACUUUUUAGGAAGAAAUGUGCAUGAAGACCAGUACAAAGAGUUGGUUUUUAUGCCACUCUUUAUCUUCUUAAGAUAUUAUGGCUGUUAAUCCUUUUAAAACCCCAAUCUAUUCUUACUUGCUUUUUUAAGAUUCUUCUACUUUCAAAGUAAGGUUGAGAUCAAAGUCCCCUUAGCAUUCCAGACUGGAAACUUUGUUUCUUGCCCAGGCAAGUGCACGCCUCUUACUGUGCAACUGUGCGCCUGAAAUCACACACUUUUAAGAAAAUUAUAUUGUUAUUCAUGUGAGAUGUAUUCAAAUAGGGACUUUGCACGGCCAAAAUGCAAAAGUGUGCAGAUGCAAAAUUUGAGUGUGCGGGCAAUAUGUGGGCACGUGGCAAAGUUUCCAGUCUGGCUAGCAUUCUUUCAUUGGUGUAUCUUCAUUAUGGCUUUGAGGUCAUUUUGACAAGUUUUCUUUCCACCAUUGGGCAGAUUAUCAUCUAUAGUCUGCAAAUAUUGCUCAAUGAAAGUUUGAAUAUGUUCACAAUUUUGUAAGAAAAAUUUGUGAUAUCGUUAGGCAAGAAAAGGCUUUGAAAAUAUACAGCUGCAAAACAACACUGUGAGCAAUGUUCAAAAAAUAAUUUUAUUGUUAAUGCUUGUUAUAUAUGAUUUUACUAUA